AUGGAGGAUCUUUACGACACUCCACCGAAGAAGCUGGAUACUUUCAUCGAAAAAUAUCUCCAGCCCAAUAGCAGCUUCCUGGAAGAAAUGAACAGGGCUGUCGAUAGCAUAUGUAGGUUCCUCAAGGAGUAUUGCUUCAGAGAUGCAUCCUGGCGGCCCCAAUCCCGGCGGCCCCGUGUGUUGAAGGUAGUCAAGGGCGGCUCAUUGGGGAAAGGGACGGCCCUGAAAGGCCGUUCGGAUGCCGACCUGGUGCUGUUCCUUGACAUCUUCAAAGGCUACACAGACCAGGAAAGGGACCGGAAACAGAUCAUCCAGGAGAUCGGCAAAAGGCUCGGAGAGUGGCAGCGGGUGGAACAGAGAUAUUUUGGUGUUUGGAUUGAGUCAACGAAGUGGGAGAAUCCACGGGUGCUCAGCUUCACGCUCCAGUCCCAGGACUUAAAAAUUGAAUUUGAUGUGCUACCAGCCUACAAUGCUAUCGAUCAGUAUUACAAGCCUGACCCCCAAGUGUACGUCGAGUUGAUAGAGGCGAACAGUCGUCCUGGGGAGUUCUCCAGCUGCUUCACGGAGUUACAGAAGAAAUUCAUUUCUCGACGUCCCACCAAGGUGAAGAGUCUCAUCCGCCUGGUGAAAUACUGGUAUAAGAAGUGCCAAAAGAAGGCAUCACUCCCCCCCAAGUAUGCUAUGGAGCUGCUGGCUAUCUAUGCCUGGGAACAUGGAGGUCAAAGGACAAAUUUUGACAUGGCGGAGGGGUUCCGGACGGUUCUUUGGCUCAUUGAACACUACCAAGAGCUCUGCAUAUUUUGGACGACCUACUAUGAUUUUGAGAAUGAGACCAUCAAACGACACCUGCAGGAGCAGCUCCGGAAAUCCAGACCAGUCAUCCUGGACCCGGCUGAUCCAACAGGGAACUUGGGACAAGGGUACCGCUGGGACCUUCUUGCGCAAGAAGCUAAAAUGGCUUCUUCUCGGAUAUGUUCCAACCUGGUUGCCCCUUGGAGUGUUCCGCAGCAAGCCAGAGUGAUGCUGGGCUUGUCUGCUUGGGCCAGUGUCUUCUGCCAGCUGUGA